UAGCUUAAAUCCAUUCCCCUUCUCCUAUCACUAUCUACCCAUGAAGUCUGCUUAAUUCGCUUUCUAACCUAAAUGUUGUUACAAGUCUUAGUGCGCUGAUAAGACAAAAUGAUGUGUAGAAUUCCACCUCCUAGACCUGUACUUGGCCCAAGAGCUUGGAAAGCUUUUCAGGCAUGAAUUAAUUUUAUUACAGUGUUCACUUUUUAAAUGAAUUAUGCUCAUAGUGGGGACCUCCCAUUUGAACCAAGUUGGCUUUUUGAAAGUGAAAAGGAACCAAGCAGUGUUGUUAGCCCGUACCUACCGCAUGUGGAUCUGUGUCUGUGUACUGGCCCAUGUUUUCUGGUACUGAGCUUUAGUCCCUGUGCAGCUGUUGUUCCAGGGCUCCUGGUCAGCCCUCAGCCUGUAGGGGUGGAAGGUAAAGCAUAGCCCACCUGGAGGUCGAGAGGAAGGAAUGCUGGCAAAAUCCACUGUAGGAACGCUCUUGCCACUUCUCUCCUCACAGCAAACAAAUAAAAUCACUUUUGUUGGAUGUGUGCAUUUUCCUGAGGCUUUCUUGUCAGCCAGGGGUAAGGGGGAAAGGAUGCUUUAUUUAUGGAUGUUGCUUUCUGAAUGAGUCUAGUAUGCUGUCAUCUGUAAAUACAUCUUCAGGCGUAUUUCCAUUUAUUUAGAGCCAUGAGAGAUGGUAUCGUGUGGGGAUGAAUACUUCACAAAUUCCUGAACUAUGUUGCAUUGCCUCAGAGUACACAUAUUGCUCCAAACGAAUCCCUGUCUGCUCUUACACCACCCUGUUGCUUCCAGCAGAACCCCAGCACUUCUUCUGCCCGACAGAUUGCCUUACUAGGCACUUUAAACAGACCUCCAAAGAUAAGAGCCCAGAAGAUGACUGCUGUGUGCCCCCAGCGUUGCUCUUGGAGCCUCACCUGGUGGAAUUUGGGUCCUCCAGCCAUCCGUGCGUUACCUACAAAUACAGCUGAUGGGUUUCGGGCAGCGUAGAUUUUGUAAGCACCUCCACACAGAUCGCAGUCAGAUCAUCGUGUUGAUCUAAACCAUUUUGUAAUCCUCUACAAUCUGGGUUUAGAGGCUGUUAUUAGUGUCACAAAUAAAAGCUUGUGGCUUCUUUAGUUCUCGGGAUGAAAGAAGGCACGUACUCCCCAAGAGAGACAUAUGGACGUAAAGCAGCAGAAGCAUCCAGGAGGUGAGGUGUUAUCCCCUCCUCAGGAGUGAGUCCUGAGGUCACAAGACUGCAACAGAGAGAUGGAUUGAUGUUAUCCUUGUGGUUGAUCCUGUGCCUGAAGGAGGAAAUAAGAUAAACCAGGUGGAAAAGGGAGGAAAAAGUUUCUUAUCUGUGUAUUUAUUUACAUCUUUUUCUCACAGUAGCUUGAAGCUUAAACAUGGAAGCGUGGUUUGUGUUUGUUUUUAUUCUACCUGGGCAUACAUCUCUAAGCAAGGCAAGCCCUUGUUACCCCAACAGAGCUGGGAAUGGUUGAGAAGGGGCUUAGGAGUUGUGUGUUCUCACAAGCUGUUCCCAGUGUUGGUGAAAUGCCUCUUUGCAAUGAUUCUGAGAGACUCCAUAGGAAGUGAUUUCAGCUGCCUUUAGCACUGAUAUUUGGGCUGACCAAGCUGGGCACCACUCUGCCCCUUACAGGCAAGCAGCAGCCUUCAGCACUGGACGAAAGCAUGCUGGGUUCAGCUCAGGGCUGGGUGCUGCUGGCCAGGCAUUGACUCUGCAGGGAACUGAGUAUUGCCUUCAGCCUGCAGCCCCUAUGAUUCAAUGAUUCCUGUCCUGAAUUCCUGUUUUUGCCUUCCUGUCUGCAGUUACCUGAAGGAGUUCCGCACCGAGCAGUGCCCUCUCUUCGUGCAGCACAAGUGCACUCAGCACCGGCCCUACACUUGCUUCCAUUGGCACUUUGUCAACCAGCGCCGUCGCAGAUCUAUCCGCCGUCGGGAUGGGACAUUUAACUACAGCCCUGACAUUUACUGUACCAAGUAUGAUGAGACCACAGGAAUCUGCCCAGAAGGAGAUGAAUGUCCCUUCUUGCAUAGAACUACUGGAGACACAGAGAGGAGGUAUCACUUACGCUAUUACAAAACUGGAAUCUGCAUCCAUGAGACAGACUCCAAGGGAAACUGCACAAAGAAUGGAGUCCACUGUGCUUUUGCUCAUGGGCCCCAUGAUUUACGCUCUCCUGUGUAUGACAUCAGGGAGCUUCAGGCCAUGGAGGCUUUGCAGAAUGGUCAGACUACAUCAGAAGGUGGCAUAGAGGGUCAAUCUGCAGUUGCUGCUAGCCAUGCUAUGAUAGAGAAAAUACUCAGUGAGGAGCCAAGGUGGCAAGAUACAACAUAUGUAUUGGGAAAUUAUAAGACAGAGCAGUGUAAGAAGCCUCCUCGUCUCUGUCGCCAGGGUUAUGCCUGUCCAUACUAUCACAAUAGCAAAGACAGAAGAAGGAGCCCAAGAAAACACAAAUACAGAUCUUCACCGUGUCCCAGUGUGAAACAUGGAGAUGAGUGGGGAGAUCCUAGUAAGUGUGAAAAUGGAGACUCGUGCCAAUACUGCCACACUCGCACAGAACAGCAGUUCCAUCCAGAGAUCUACAAAUCCACCAAGUGCAAUGAUAUGCAGCAGUCUGGCAGCUGUCCCCGAGGACCCUUCUGUGCCUUUGCACACGUAGAACAGCCUCCGCUCAAUGAAGAUCUGCAGCAAUCCUCAGCUGUGUCCAGCCCCACGCAGGCAGGCCCAGUGAUGUAUAUGCCAUCAGCAGCUGGUGAUUCUGUUCCAGUCAGCCCUUCCAGUCCACAUGCUCCAGACCUUAGCAAUGUGUGGAAUAAAUCAGGAACUCUGCCAACUAGCCCCACCUCCACCACAAUUCUUUGUAGGAACAGCAGUCUCGGAAGCCCAUCUAAUAUAUGUGGGUCUCCUCCUGGCGCCAUUGGAAAGCCUCACAGCCUGGAGAGCAUUGGUUUUCCUCCAGAUUCAGUAACAGCAGCUGGCAGCUACAAGAAAGCACCGGGGUUUGAGCGAGAAGAUCAGGUGGGGGCCGAGUAUUUGAAGAGUUUCAAAUGCCAGCAAGCAAAAAUGAAGUCCCAUUCACUGGAACACAGGAGCCAAGAGCAACCUUUGUUACAGCCCAAACAGGACAUACUGGGUAUUCUCCCAGUGGGGAGCCCAUUGACAUCCAGCAUCUCCUCCAGUAUCACCUCCAGUCUGGCUGCAACACCACCAAGCCCCGCUGGCACCAGCAGCAUACCAGGCAUGAAUGCCAAUGCCCUUCCUUUCUACCCAACCAGUGACACCGUUGAGUCUGUCAUAGAGUCUGCCUUGGAUGACCUGGACCUGAAUGAAUUCGGAGUGGCUGCCCUGGAGAAGACAUUUGACAGCAGCACAGUGCCCCACACGAGUGGCAUCAUGAUAGGUGGGAGUUUGCUGCAAAGUUCUGCUCCUGUAAAUAUCCCCGGGUCCCUUGGAAGCUCUGCCUCCUUUCACUCUGCCUCUCCUUCUCCACCGGUCAGCCUCUCAUCGCAUUUCCUCCAUCAGCCCCAGGGACACUUAAGCCAAUCAGAAAACACGUUCCUGGGGACAUCAGCUUCUCAUGGAUCAUUAGGUUUAAAUGGGAUGAACAGCAGCAUAUGGGAACACUUUGCUUCGGGGAGUUUUUCGCCCAGUACCUCACCUGCAUUUCUGUCAGGUCCAGGUGCUGCGGAGCUGGCACGGCUACGGCAAGAACUGGAUGAAGCCAACGGCACAAUAAAGCAGUGGGAAGAGUCUUGGAAACAAGCCAAACAGGCUUGUGAUGCUUGGAAAAAGGAGGCAGAGGAAGCAAAUGAUCGCGCCAACACAGCUAACAUGGAAUGUGAACUGGCUCGGGAGCAGAGGGAAGCCUUGGAACUGCAAGUGAAGAAACUACAGGAGGAGCUGGAGAGGAUCCACACAGGCCAGGACCCUCAGUUUCUGCGCUCCUUCUCUGACCUGGAAACCCUCUCACUCUCUUCACUUUACACCCUCCAGAAGCAGCUGAGGGCAAACCUGGAGAAAGUCGAUAAGGCAGUGUUUCAGAUGCAGUCAGUGAAAUGCCUUAAGUGUCAGGAGGAGAACCGGGUGGUGUUACCGUGCCAACACGCAGUGCUGUGUGAGACGUGCGCCGAGGAGGGCGAGUGCCCCAUCUGCCAUCCCAACAGGCCCCACGCCCUCCAGUCGUGACCUUCCGAGGACGUUUGUUCUGAUCAUAUCAUAUAGAACUUUUUAACUUUAUACGUACGUACAUAUAUAUGUAUGUGUACAUAUAUAUAUGUAUGUGUAGAUAUCUAUAUGUAUAUAUGUGUGUGUAUGGGCGUGUUUGUGUAUGUGUGUAUAUAUGCACACACACGCACAUACCCACAUAAAACAAGAAAUUAGUUGCAGAGCACUUUUUAAUAUUUUACAUCCCGUAUCUAAACUGCCCCUCACCCGUGCCCCACUAAUUCUAACUCUUGAGGAACUUUGAGAGCUGUUUUUAAUACAGAUCAAAGGGCCAUUUGCAAAGAGUCUGCGUUUCUCCUCUUUUCUAUUUAGGUGAUAACAAAUUUUUGACUAUUUCCAGAAGGAUUUAGAGUGGGCAAGAGGGGCUUCCACGUGCUUUCCAGAGGAAGAGUUGAGAUCGUGGGGAGGAUCGAGGUGGAUUGAAAUGACUGUUUCACGUCUUCGAUCUCCCUGCUCUUUCACUGACCCAGCUUGGUUAAAGCCGUCCUCCCCGAUGGAAGCUCUGCUGGGUCCCUGCCUGGUGGGCCUCACGUUGCUGAUCUCUGAAUGUGCAGAAACUUUGUCUGUUGUUUAAAACAGCGAAGUUCACUUUUUAAAGUUUUUUACACUCUUUGUAUAUUUAUAUGAAAAGAAGAAAAGGGGGGAAAAAAUAUAUAUUGUACCUAAAGCAAGCCAGGCCCCCAGAUUCAGUGACCAGUAAUCAUUGCUGAUACAGCUAACGUUGCAGGUUUGAGCAGCCUUUGAGUCAUCAUCCUUGUGUCAGCUGAAGCCCUUUGUGAAAGGGAAAUGGAUACACAGGUUAGUUCUCUGCAGACACCCCUUUAUUUGGUGGCUGCCUGAAGAAUUUGUACCGUUUCAGACCGGAUUGGUUUUCUUUUAGCCACAGAGACCUCUUUUGUAGUCACUGCUGGAUCACGUGUAACAAUUUCAGACACAGUCUAAGGACUCUUUUUUUUUUUUAAACUUUUUGGACAGAGUUGGCAUUCCCUGUUUCAGCAGCUCAGGGGUGAACUGUGGGCUGCUAAGUCCAGAAGCCCUCAUGCCAGCCUGUGGUGAGAGAGAGAGCCCUGCAUGGAACAAGCUGCUGAUAAAUCAGUUGCAGCUGGAGGCUGGAGCUGGAGAGGAACGUGCAUUCCUUGCUUUCUGCUGCUCCUAGGUGGGGAUGCUUCUUCCUGCUCAUCACUGUGGCACAAAACACAGUGCCACUUAAGCUUAUAAACACAGCCACUGUUUGUAUGUGUAUAUGAAAGUGUUGUCGAUGGGGAAACUCUGAAGCUGGUUGGUCUCGUGAUGCCCUGUGGCAGUGUUUUUCAUGUUAGUAAUGUUACAGAGAGGAGGGAGCUAGAAAGGAAGAGGACUUCAAUUUCAAAUUCUCAUUUAAAUGUUCAGAACUCAUCAGCUGCUCUAUCUGGUGCUGUGAUUGAGAGCAGUGUGGAGGUUGCUGUGUGUGGCUGUGUGCAGGCUGGGGUGCUGAACCAGCCGGCUCAGAGCAGAAGGAAGCAUCUCCAUCAGAGGAACACGAUUGCAGGGCCCCGCAGCCCUCUCGCUCUCCUUCCUCCCAUCUCAGCCUCCAUUCCUGAGCGCAGGGCUUUCCACCCCCCCUUGUGUAGCUCUCACUGGUGUCUCUGACCUGCUGAGUUUGUUUCGGGCUGUUGUCCCCAAACACCACCUGCAAAAAGAGCUCAGGGACUUUCUCCUCGUUAGGAUCCUCUUUGUAUUUGAAUUUAAUCUCUCAGAGCAUUUUAGAAAGGCAAAGGAGGAAAUCCCACAGACUAGUCCAACACGAGCCACGCUGUCCGGUGCACUUCUUUCUAAGGAAAAAAAAUGCCUCCAGCUUAGACCUGCCAGCAGCUGAGCUUUCCCAUGACAUCCUUUACCAGCACAUCCAUUGGAUUUUCCCAUCGGGUGGAUUGCAGUAACCUGCUGGGAUCUCAACCAGAAGGCUGCUCCGUUCUCUCAGUACUGUUGCUUUGUGCAGGGAUGCUGCCUGCGCUGCC